CAUAUUAUACAUAAGAGAACGAAGGGGCUUCAAAGUUAGCACUGUUCUUCUUAUCGUGAACAUGUUUUUUAAAAUAUUCUUUGCCGUCAGUCUGUGCAUUUCUACAGCUGCAUCUAGAAAAAAUAAUAAUUUCUAUCGAAGAGACUAUACUUACUUUGAAGAAUACGAUGCAUUCUAUAAAUUCCACUGGGGUGAAAGUGAGAGCACUUGGCAGGAAAGUUACUUAACGUGUGAGGAUGAAGGUGCUCAAUUACUUUACCCUGCUGAUGAAAAUGAAAGGCGGGUCGCUGCUAAUCUGAGCGCCUCAGUGGUCGACUUAGAACAUAUUUAUGUGGGCGUCCGUGACGAAUUUGGUCUUGGUGAUUUUAUUACCACUGAUGGACGUUUUGUUCCAGAACUUUCUGAUCUAAGUGACAAUACAAGCAGCAUUCAGGCAAUAUCAAGGUGUGGGGUAUUGUCUACGAAAACAGGCACUAUAAUCACUCACUCCUGUGAACUACGCAUACCUUUCAUUUGCAAGAAAUUAAACAACGAAUUUUGUCCCACUUCUGACUCAGGUUACAUUUUCUCAAAAUAUUUAAAAAAAUGUUUUAAAUUUAAUGACAAUAAGAAAACUUGGGCUAACGCUCUGCACACAUGCAUUAUGGAAGGUGGGGUCUUGUCCGAUUCCAUAUUAAACACUGACAUAAGAAAUUUAAACAUGCCAAUGAGGCAAGAUAUUUCGUACUACAUCGGCUUUCGAAGGAUGGAGAAAGAUAAUUUUUACUCAAAUCGAGGGUUAAAGACGACCAUUUCCGUAAACUACAAUUAUGAGAACUACUACUGCACUGUAAUAUCCAUAAACAAUGGAGUACAUACAGUUGAUUGUGAAGAAACUCGACCUUUCAUAUGUGAAAUGGAAGUUAACAAAUAGUUAUAUGACAUUAUUCUUCACAUGUUAUGUUGUCUCUAAUUAAAAUAAAUAUUUUAGAAGAAAAUAUGUGUAUUAAUGC